GCCGGCGCUCGCUCGCCCGAACUCGCUGUCAGACGCGAAGCGAAUGUUUCACGGUUACGACGUUUGUGUUAAGUUUAUUCGUAAACACGCGAUUCUACCAUUUAAUUAUAUUCACAUAGGAAUGAUUCACGGUGACUUAAAAUUGUGUUAAUAGUGCCAAAGGAAGAAAAUGUGACAAUAGUGAUACGUGUUUGUGACAAUUGUGGUACCUUGUUUUAUUCGUGACAUAAUUUUGAAUAUGGAAACUCGUCAUUAUUGGGAGGAGAACGGACAUGUCAAGUAUGACAAUUACAAUUCUAACGAUGGCUUCGGUCGUGCGGGGGCGGGCGGUGCGGGCGGCGCGGGCGCGGGGGAGCAGCUAGCGUUCGCAGCGCCCUCUGAAGACGAAGCGGACUUCGCUACAUACAAGAAGGGGAAGGUGUUGAGGCAAGAUCCGAUGUCGCACCGGAUCAUAGAGAAACGCCGCCGCGACAGGAUGAACAACUGUUUGGCGGACCUGUCCCGCCUUAUCCCCCCCGAGUACCUAAAGAAGGGGAGAGGCAGGGUGGAGAAGACGGAGAUCAUAGAGAUGGCGAUACGACAUCUCAAGUUCUUGCAGGAUCGCGUCAAUGCUAGCGAGGUCCAGCCGGGUGCAGGGGAGGGACACUACCGCGCAGGGUACCAGGAGGCGGUAGGGGAGGCGCUGCGCUACCUGUCGGAGGCGCACGGCUACCCCGCGGACGGGUUAUGCGCGCAGCUCGCCACGCACCUGCAGAGGCACUGCGAUCACGUCACCAAAGAGUCCAGUUUUGAACCGUUAGCGCUCAGUCGCGUUGCGCUAAAAGGCAGCAUUAUUAUGAGAGACGGCAGCCGCGACAAGGGUCGGUCGCUGGGCUCGUCCUCGGAGACGGCGAGCUCGUCCAGCAGUUCGCUGGGCUACAGCAAGGCGCAGGCCGCGCCGCGCGCGCCGCCGUACGCGCCCGACGUCUACGAUGCAACUACUGACGGCCCUUACAACAUGGACUGUGAUAGAGUGGUGGGUCCGGUGGAGAACGGCAGCGCCAUGUCCGCUGUAAACGGUCAUGCGGGGGGUGCGCCGGGUGCAGGGGGUGCGUCGGGCGCGGGGGGUGCGGGGGGCAAGCGCGAGGCGCUCCGCAAGCCGCGCAAGCCGGAGCACGACGACUUCAUACACUCCUACAAGUUCAAGAAUUCCAUAGAGAGGCGUUUCUCAAGGUCACAGGACACUGAGGCAGUGGAAAGUCAGACGCGCGUCGUCAACGGCAAGGCGUACUCGCACAAGAGACGGCGCGCCGCGCGCCCCGCGCCCGCCGCCUCCACCUCCGCCUCCGCCUCCACGGAGGAGGCGCGCGACACCUCGCCGCAGGACACGAGCAGCGAGUCCCCGCACCGGCACGUGUACGAGCAGUUCGGCCAGUACGAGUACGAGAAGCCGCCGCCCGCGCACUACGUGCCCGUCUUCGCGCUCAACACGCUCGGCAAGUACUACGUGCCGCUGUCGGUGGAGUACGCGUGCGUGUCGCGGCAGCUGCGCGCGUGCGACGCGGCGGGGGCGCGCGCCCCCCUCGCCGCGCUGCACCCCGUCACCAUACACGUCAACUUCUCCCCCUGCCUCAACUACCACGUCAAGCGCGACCCCGACCCCGACCCCGACUGGCGGCCCGUCUAGCCACCCCCACACACCCCCACACACCCCCACCCCCAGCUUACAAUACUGUUUGUUUCACGUCAUGCUUUCGUUACAGCUCUGAAAUGAACUGUACUACAAAUAAUUUGUUGGUAAUAGUGAAUUACAGGUCAUAAUGUUAAAAAUUUAUAGAUAUUCUGAACGAAACCUAUGUAUACAUAGUCAUUAUAGCAGAAAAAAAUCCUCGACACUAUAGAGAGCUUUCUGAAAUAGCCAAGACUUAAGUUUAUUUUUAAAUUAUACUAUAAUUUUUUUUCCUAUUAAGGGCGUAUGGUCUUUUAAAAAUUUAAAAUUGUACGUAAAACUUGAUAUUCCAUGUGUUAAAUUGUAACGAAGUGUCCGAAAUAAAUUAUGGAAGAUCUACGAUAGAUUAUUGAAAACAUUUAUGAAAAAUUAUGUACAUGUACCUUAAUUUUUAAACAUUUAUAUAAUUGGCAGCAAAUAUUAGUAUAAUAAUGUUACACGUUUAUAAGCGUCAAAGAGUUAUUCGUUUUGAUUCGAUAAAUAAGUCAUAUUUGUAACUAUUCGAUUUGGCACAUCGGGGAUAAGAGCGUUCUUCUGCCCGACGUGCCAACUCAAGGAUACUAGUGAUGUUCCGCAGUGAAGCAAGACUGGUCGAUAUGCAGUACGAUGUUCUUAGUUACGGCUGUGAUAAUAAAAUUCUACCUAGUCAAGACAUUAUACUUGACAAUUAAAGAGGAUUUUGUAAACAUUAUGUUAUUAAAGGCCUGUCCCACCAAAUU